UAGAAAGGUAAAACUGCUGUAGAAGCUUAGUUUUUGUUUUGUGUUUACAACUGUCUACAGCACACUGCGAAGGCGUGCAUGCGUGUAAGAGAGAAGGCGAUCACGCCAGCCAAGUCAUUCUUCUUAAAAAUGGCGUCAUGUGAACAAAACGCAAAAAGAGCGAGUAAGCUGCAGCUAUCGGAGCAGCGUGAAUAUAAUUUCUCUUACUAAAGCUGCGACGUGGAGCAUCUGUUCGGCUUAACACGAGAGACAAUAGACAGUUAAAUAUACGGGGAGAGGAGGGGGGAGGAGGUGCUCCUGUCCGCCGCGGUUCCCCACACCGCCCCCGAUCCCCACUCAGUCUACAGGCUUGUCAAGCAGAGGAAUAAACAGAAUCGGGCGCUGGAAGUGAAGAUAUCCCCCCUCCCUCCCGCUCACUAUCUGUGCAUCUUCAUCCAGCUCUUUCUUUCAUGGAGAGGAAUUAUCCCGCUUCGGGCUUCGGAGAUCUGGGGACUGGGACGGGAUGGAGUUACGAGAGAUCGGCCAAAGCAAGCCUCGUGUAUGGGAGCCGCUCAUACCACCCAGAGUCAGAACUACUCCACCGUCAAACCUAUGGCACUCCACACCCACUUCAAGGCUAUGCAGCAAGUCAUCACCCAGGGAGCUCAAGACAGGGUGGAGCUUGGGGUGGACGAACACUAGGUCUGUCAGGGCUGUUUGACUCCCGUCUCCAUCAUGCCAGCCCCUCAGGUCCCGACCCCUCUGUCAUGAAUCUGAUUUCAGUUCUGGAUUCACGGCCUCCACAGCCCUCACCCUCUGCUUCCUCCCUUCUCUCUCAGUUCCACACAUCCUCUUGGCAGACUGCCAUGCAUACACCGGCCCCAACGGACCUCUUUAUUUCAGGGGCACUUCCAGGUUCAAGCUCCUUUCCCUCCUCCUCAGCCCUUUCUGCAUACCAGAAUCCUAGCAUUUUUUCUGGACGAUCAUUCACGCCCUCAUUAUCCCUGCAGGAUACAACUACAUUUAGCCGAACUUCUAAUGGCUUGAUAUCCCCACAUGAUCCCUUGGUACAUAUCAAAAGAUCCUCUCAGUCCAGCUUGGGCUUUGAUCACUUGCUGUCUUCCCAGAGCACUGCCUUCCGGGGCUCCCAGGAAUCUGCAACUCCCCAGACCCAAGACCCUUCCACUUCCUCCAAUUGCCACCUGUCCCCUCCCCACUUUAAUCUGUUGCCCUCUCAGCUUCAUAACUCAUCCUCUCAACUAUAUAAUGCCUCGAUGUCCUCAUCGAUGGCAGCCCUGCCACCUGCAGUUCUUCCUGAGCCUCAGCCACUUCCACAGACAGCAAUUUCCCGCCAUGAUAGUGUGAUCAAGCAUUACCCUUGCUCAUCUUCAGCCCACACCACAACCCUACAAUCACAAUCCUAUGCCAGCUCUGGUGGUUCAUCUGGCUACCACCAGCUAGUCAGCCAUUAUCAGCAUUCUGGUGUGUCCUGCAGUCCACUGGGGAAACUGAGCGUAUCCUCUGACCCCAAGACCUCACCACAGAUGGAAUCCCAGAUAUAUCAACCUGUCAUCCAAACAGCCUAUACCUCAUCAUUAUCCAGCUCCUCAACUCCCUCCUCCUCUUCAGCUACUACUAAAGGUGCCAAAAGUUCCUGCUCCACAAGUAACUAUUCGUCUUCUUCCUAUACCCCACAAACUCCACCACCAACCUCCUCCACCACCUCCUUAUCCUCUUCUAGCUCAAAGACCAGAACUAUUUCUCUGUCUGCUCCCUCUCUUCAGCAACCCACACCUCAGUCAGCACUAGUACCACCUCUUCUCCCAGUGGUGUCAUCAUCCCUUGUACAACAAGCAGCAGCCAGUCAAUGUCUGUCCACCUAUGGCUCUCAAUCUGUGACCAAACCUAGCACGAGCUUGCCAAACCAGACCCCUCCCCAGAAACACAUUCAGUCGUAUUCCCCCAACCUGCCACCAUCUACACACAUGAAUGUGCAUUAUGAUGGCUUCAACUCACCCCAUGUCCGGGAUUUGAGCACUGGAGCAAGGAGCAGUGGGGGGAAAGACAUCAUGGGUGUAGGCUCUGGUGAACGCUCCUUCUCUGCAGAGAUAAUUGCUCAAGACUCAAGUUUUGUCUCAACAUCUCUCAGAAAACCACACACUCCAUCCACUGAAUAUGGGAGUGGAUCAGCUGGGAGUGGACCUGGUAUUCACAGUGUAGUAGGCUCUGUGGUAACUGGGAACGGGGCUGCUGGUAAUGAAGGCAGUAGCGCCUAUCACCUGACUGAGUCUAGUACAUCACCUUCAACCAAUUCUACUAUCAGUUAUUCAGGAUUGCACUCUCCUGUAGCUGCUCGACCUGUACAGUCCCCUGGAGGCUCAGGGGCAAAUAAAUACUUUUCUUCGAUCCCAGCUCCUACUUUUAUGUCCUCACCACAAGGUUUCCCUGAUAACCGACAAGCUCGGAAUCAGUUGUACCAGUCAACACCCCCGAACACCAAAACAGAGGCCACAAACAUGCUGGGAGCUGAGGAAUCCCAAGACGAAGGAAACAGUGAAGAUUUCCUUAUCCACCACUUACUACGUCCACAAAGCUCAAAUUCCCAUUCUUCCCAACAUCACCCACAUUCUGAGCAACUGUCUCAACCAAUCCUUCAUGGGGAGAGCAAGGGAAUGACACACGAUCUUAACAAGACAUCAGAAGAGCUCUACCAGUUUCAGAGUGUCAUUCGUACCAAUAACAUUACCAGCAAUUCUGGUCUUGGAAUGGCAAUUAAUGAUACAGUGAGCUUAGACAGACCAUUAGGAAUAUCACAGAAGAAACAGCAGGCCAGGUCAGACUCGAUCAUGUCAAAGUCAAAUACUUCAGGGGUGCGAAGAAUAUCUGAUUCUCAUUCUCAUGCCAUCCACUCGCAUCAUCAGCAAAAUGAGUUAAUGGGUUCUGCGGUCCAUUAUGGAAGAGGUGAUCCCUACAUACAGCACCCAAACUCCCAGCAUCCUCAUAGCACUUCACAUGUGUCCACACACUCUCAGCACUACACUCAGCACUCUCAAAUCUCCCAGCACUCUCUGCACACUCAGUAUAGUCAUCGUAAUUCCCUCCCACAAAGUCAUUCUCAUAUAGAGAUUAAGAAGCCUUCAGAUGCAAAUGACAAUGCCUACUAUGCACCAGAUGUACAGCAAACUCGACAAAGCCAUGUCUCUGUCACUCUGAUGAAUAUGUCACCAGACCAUCCCAAGCAAACUCACAUGUUACAGUCUGUCCCUUCUCACACUAUUCAAAACAAGCUGGAUUCCCAACAAGCCCCACAGCAGCAACAGAAGCACCACCACCAACAGCAGCAAUAUCAGCAAGCUAUGAUGGGUUCAGUUAGAAGAGCAGGGUCUGCUGGGUUGGAAUCCCAUGUACAGAACCAGUCCUCACAGAGUCUAGAUACCCACUACAGUGGAACCCAUCCAACGUAUCAAACACGAGCCAGUCAGAGUUCAGUAUCUCCACUACAGAUGCUAGAUCAAUCACUUUCUCAGGCCAAUGGUACAGACAGUGGAAAAUCUCUGGACAGAAGUGGAGCUGAUAUGACUGUGACAGGACAGGAAAGAGAUAGAGGAGACAGACAUACACAACAGCACAGACUUAACACCCACCAGCAUCCUCAACAAACAAAAUCGGAUCUUCAUGACUUCCUUUCUGAACAAGAUUUGGACUUAUACACCCCUUCACACUUGAGCCAUCUCAACCAACCUCAGACCCACCCCCACACCCAUGCUCUGCAACACACUCAGCACACUCAUCAUCAACUGUCUGUUACCACUCAGAAAACUCAUUCACACUUGCAACAGAUGACAAUACAUUUAGCAACACCCCAACAACAGCAACCCCAGGUCACAGAUCCUGAAACACAACUCUCACACUCACAGUUAGAGCAGCUCAAACAGCAUCAAUUUGAGACAGUAAGCCAGACAGAUAAAGUAGGACAGACUCAAGCUCAACUGCAGCAAUGUGCACCUUUGACCUCAAUCUGCUUUCCAGACUGUGUUUUUCCUGAGAUGGAGGAUCUGUUUUGUUCAUCUGAAUACAAAUCAAGCUGUGCAGGGGCAGGACACAGUGCUCAAGAAAACCUCAGCCAGGGUCACAGACCGACACAAGAGGAUAUGGAGGCUUUAAAAUCAGGAGAUGCUGCAGAGGGCUAUAAUAUGGUUGGUCAUCAAAGCAAUCAAGGAUUUGGACAGUACUGCCAAAGACUUUCAAGAACAGGAAAUGGUGAUCUGCACUUAGUCCAUGACUGUCUGAAGACUCAUGAGCUUCCUUCCACUGUGAAUACUGACCAGCUUGGCCUCAUCCAAUCCCAAACUCCCAUUAUGGGAUUGAAUUCAGCAGUUCAAGAGGAUAGCUUAGUCAACAAGAUGAUAGCAACUGUGGGAGCGGAUGAAAAAUCCAACAGCACUGGUGUAACCUCUCCUAUCUUCUGUUCCUCUCGACCCAAAAAACUGCUGAGGACCAGCUCAUUUCACUUGCUUAAACAGCGACGUGAGCCACAACCUCAAACAAAGAAAAACUAUGCGCAGGAGUAUGAAUUUUGGGAUGACGAAGAUAAAGCUGAUGUUCCAGCAGAUAUUCGCCUUAACAAUCGCCGGCUUCCUGACUUGCUGCCUGACUUGGUGUCCAGUUGUAGAAAACCUGGUGGGGUUUCUGGAAUAAGUGGACUAAGCCCACAAAUAGGUGACAUGGCCUUUUGCCACCCCUCCAGCUACUCUUCUCUUGGACACCCUUCGCAACCCCCCCCUCACGAUGGUCCUAAGAAAAGGGGCAGGAAACCAACUAAACCAAAACGUGAAGGACCUCCUCGGCCACGAGGUCGCCCACGUAUACGUCCUCUUCCAGAACCUCCUUACUGUAGGUGCCUGUUGGGCUCUGCGGCUGGAGAAAAUAGGAGGGGGCGUAGCCGAGGUCGAGGGCGAGGCAGACGGGAAGAAGGAAAAGUGCAAAUGCAUCGGGAUAUGAACAAAACACAAACCCUUUCAUAUAAUCACCAGCAACAGUAUCAACAGCAACAGUGCAGCCAACAACAGCACCUCCAACAUCAUCAACAGCAACAUCACAGGCAGCAGGCGGAUCUCCAUCAGCAGCUCCAACAACAUCACCACCAUCACCAGCAAGAACAUGUUUCCUGUCCCCACCCUCAACUGCAUCAUCAUCAACAACAGCAUACAUCUCACCAGCCACAGCAAGAUCCAGUCAGAACUUUUAAGAUCAAACUGCCCCUUGCCACUAUGUCUCCACCAGAGUCCUUGUUGAGGACAGACUCGCUAUCCAGCAGUGAGCCUGUUCUCUCUGAGGGAUCGGUGGGGUCGGCACCAUCUCUGGGCUUGAGUCCUGGUCCCACUACCACUGUUGACUACAACAGAAAUGAGGGGAAUCAGACAAAAGACGAGAUGAUGAUACAUCAGCAGAGAGCGAAGGAGCUGGAGGUGGAUGGUUGGAAGAAAGAAACUGACAAUUCACUGAAUCCUGAAGCCUGGACUGCUAUGCAGAAACUCUCAAAUUCAAUUGACGAGAAGGUCUUUGACUUCAAACCAAGCUUCAUGGCCUCUUUUUUGGAUUUUCUGAAGACAGGUAAAGUACAGCCAGCCCUUGAACCAAGACAUGAUGGAGGCAACCAAGAAACCUGUUCCUCUAUGAGGGGAGGAAUUAAAUGCUUAUCCUCACCAUCUCCUCCCCUACCACCAACUUCUCCCCAGCAGCCUCCAGGACAGUUCAGCGAUGGCAGCCCGGGUGAAGGGCCAGACCUAACCCUCAGUAGCUGCCAAAGUCCCUGCAAACCUCUGGAUGAUGAACUGAAAAGAAACCUGGAGACUCUCCCCUCUUUCUCCUCUGAUGAGGAGGAUUCAGUAAAUAAGAACCAGGACUUGCAGAAGAGCAUCUCAUCUGCAAUCUCUGCCCUCUAUGACACUCCUCACUCACUGGCUGCUGCAGUGGCUUCUGCAGUAGUCAAAGCACAACCCAUGCUUUCUCCACCCACGCCACAGGAGCCGUCGCUCAGCCCGCCUCUCAAGACCAAUUCUCCCCUCAUUCCUAGUAUGGAGAGCAUAAAAGAUGGGGCACUUGCACACACUCAGCAUAACACACAAAGUAAACAAAACACACGUGAGGAACAAAAAAUGAUCUCCACACUGUCAGACAUGGAGGGGGUAGGAUCUCAGCAUGAAAGAGAAGAAGAAAACAGCAAGAAGGAGGAAGGCGAGGAGAUGGCAAGCAAAGAAGAAAACAUGAGGCAUUCACACAAUAUGUUGCAGGGACCAGCGGAAAAGCAGGAGAGGGAGGAUACAGCAUCUGACACGCAGAUUAUGGAGGGCCAUGAUGAUUCACCAUCAGGACGCGUGCCUGCUCCUGCACCUCCAUCACCAUUCAUCUCCUCCUCACCGCUCACAUACUCAUCAUCAUCGCCUCUCCCUCCCCCGUCAAUCUCUGUACCUUCUCCACCACCAGUCCAACAGAAUGAGGAAGAAGUCAGUCUAAAUGAUCUUUCUUCUGAUCAGCAUAUGCAGCAAUCCUCCUACCAGCAGGCUUCAACUGCAGCCACCUCCCCACCCCCCUCCACCUCGCCACCAGUCAUCACAUCGUCACCGCUGUUCAACCUUCCCUUCGGCCAAUCGACCCCGCCCCCAUCCACCACAUCUCCCCCAUCAUCCUCUGAUCAGGAUCAGGAACCUGAAGCUGGGUUGCCUUACUUUUCCACUUUAUCCUCCUCACCCUCUUCAUUGUCCUCUCACCCACCAUCACCUCCAACGCCAGAGGAGGCCCCACAAUCCCAGCGUCUUACCUCCCUUCACCUGGCAAAGAAGCAGGCUGAUGCUGCCAUCGCUGGGGAGAGUGAAGAAGAAGACAGUGAGAGUGGAGGUGAGGGAAUCUUCCGUGAGCGGGAUGAGUUUGUGGUGCGAACUGAGGACAUUGGUACUCUUAAGAUGGCCUUGCAGACAGGCCGAGAGCCUCCACCUAUCUGGAGGGUGCAAAAAGCUUUGCUCCAGAAAUUCAGCCCAGAGAUCAAAGAUGGUCAAAGGCAGUUCUGUGCAACAAGUAAUUAUUUGGGUUACUUUGGUGAUGCCAAAGUGCACUACCAGCGUUUAUAUGUGAAGUUCUUGGAGAAUGUCAACAAAAAAGAUUACGUCAGAGUGUGUUCACGAAAGCCAUGGCACAGAGCUGGCCUGACUCUGAGACGCCAGCCUCUACCUAAACAGCUGCUGACCAUUCACAAUCAGAGCCAACCUCGAAUAGAUAGUCGACACAAGGAGAGACGGAAUGAAAGAGAGCUAAUGGAGCAGAGAGAAAGAGAAAAAAGAGAGAGAGAAACAAGGAAAAAAGUAGAAACGGAACAUAAGGAAAGAGAAAGGAAGGAGGAGAGAGAUCGCAAAGAACAAGAAGAAGAGAGGCACAAGAAAGAAAAAGAUGGUGGAGAACAAAAUGAGAGGGGCCACAGAGAUGUGAAAAUGGAAAGUGAGAGUGAAAGAAGGGAGAAGGAGAAAAAAGAAAGGGAACUUAAAGAGAGGCAGCAAAGGAAAAAGGAAAAACAGGAUAGGGAGCAGAGGGAAAGGAUGAACCAAGAGAGAGGAUGGAAAGAAAAGGAAAGAUCACUGAGAGAACAAAAAGAGAGGGAGAGGAUAGAAAAGGAGAAACAGGAGAGAGAGAGAGAACAAAAACUUAGGGAGAGGGACAUGGAGACAGAUGGUGAGCCGAAAGAAAAGGAGAAAGCUCAGGAAAAAGAAAAAAAGGAGAACAUGGAGCAAGUCAACAGAGAUUAUACAAUGGCAUUAAAAGAAGAGAAGAACCGAGGAGACAUAAAGAUGGCAUUUCAGGGAAGAGCCAAGACUUCAAAGGACAAGGCUGAGCCUCCACCCAAGAAAAGGAAGAAAUGGUUGAAGGCGGUGCUGUCCUCUUCAUCUGAGUCCGACUACUCCUUACUCAGUGAUGAUGAAGGGCCUGCGCGGGGUGGAGUGAACAGUCGAGCCAUGAGGGACAUGUUCAGGAGCUAUGUGGAGAUGUUGGUCAGCACAGCACUUGACCCUGAUAUGAUUCAAGCCCUAGAGGACACAGAUGAUGAAUUAUACCUCCCGCCCAUGAGGAAAAUUGAUAGCAUGCUCAGUGAACAGAAGAAGAAGUUGUUGAGGAGAGUCAACAUGAGUGCUCAGCACCAGGAGGCUUUACAUAUAUUCCCCAAAAUGACAGCAGAUCCUGUGGAAUCUGGAGUUGUCAAAGUUCACCUUGGUGGGGAGGGCUACAACCGCAAGACUCUCAACCAAAUCAAGAGGAGCAUUCCUAAGCAGCAGGAUAUGAAACUUUCGAUUGACAUUUGCCGGAUAUACAGUUUGUAUCAUUCUCUUCACCACUACAAAUAUCACACCUUCCUGCAUUGCAAGAAGGAGACAGACAAUAUUGAGCAGGCAGCGGAGGACCCUGGCCAGGAGGAGGUGGUGCAGCAGUGUAUGGCGAACCAAGGCUGGCUUGAGAGCCUCUUCAGUUCUUUCAUGGAACUGCUUACUCUUAGUGCAAAGACCUAAAGGACGAUCACAACCUCUGCCUCCAAAAACAAACAUCCACCUGCAGCAUUAAGUAGGUGGAGGUGUUCAGAAUGUGUGAAACAAAGCAAUCAGAAACUGGACGCCAGAAAUGCAACAAGAGUGGCCCCUAUUUUUUUUUUAAAUGGAAUGUUACCAUUGUAAGUAUUUGCUUUAUUGCUGUGUCCAACUAUUGUACC